CACUGUCACUCAGUCGGUGGGACACAGAUGGGUUUGUUACCCACUAACAGUCAGAGCUCAAAGUCUUGAAUAACUUUACUGAUCAUCUUUAUGAAGUCAAACACCUACAACAACAUGAAGACAAUCUCCUUACUCAUUAUCAUCUCUUUAUUCUUCAAUGGUGUGUUUGGUGAUCCAGAUGAAGUAAAGUCUGUGUCAGUGAUGGAGGGAGAUUCUGUCACUUUACACACUGAUCUUACUGACAUUCAGAGAGAUGAGCAGAUCGAUUGGUGGUUUAAAGGAGAUCGCAUAGCUCAAAUCAAUAAAGCGACAAGUAACAUCUCAGUAUAUGAUGAUGAUGCUGAUGGGAGAUUCAGAGACAGACUGCAGGUGGAUGACCAGACUGGAUCUCUCACCAUCACAAACAUGAGAUCUGAAAACUCUGGACUUUAUAAGGUCGAUAUCAUCAGCAUCACUAGACAUACAACACACCAGUCCUUCAGAGUUACUGUCAGGGGUGGAGUGAAGAUGAAGAUGUCAGUGAUGGAGGGACAUUCUGUCAGUCUGUACACUGACACCAAAAUGACGUAUGAUCUGAUAGACUGGAUGUUUGGAGAUGAACACGCUCAGAUAGCUGAAAUAUAUAAACCAGACAAACGCUUCACUACGUAUGAUGAUGUUCUCGACGGGAGAUUCAGAAACAGACUGAAGCUGAACGAUCAAAGCGGAUCUCUCACCAUCAUAAGCAUGAGAUCUGAACACGCGGGUGUUUAUGAAGUAAAGAUGAGCAGUAACAGACAUUCAGUACACAGGAGAUUCAAAGUGACCGUCACCGUGCUGGGUUUACGUUUAGUUUAUGUAGUUGGAAUAUGUUUUUUCCUGCUAUUCCUUGCUGCCGGUGUAACCGCUUUCGUGAUUUACUGCCGCUGCAUGUAUCACCGCAGACUCUUUAUUUCAGGUCAGGAGAUGACCGUGAUGAAGGGAGAUUCUAUCACUUUACGUACUGAUCAUCUUACUGACAUACAGAGAGAUGAUAUGAUCCAGUGGAUGUAUGAAGAUGCAGAGAUCGCUACCAUUAAUAACGCAACCAUCAGUUUUGUUGCUCCGAGAUUCAGAAACGGACUGCAGGUGAAUGAGCAGACCGGAUCUCUCACCAUCACAAACAUCACGAGCGAUGACUCUGGAGUGUAUCGACUCAACAUCUUCAGAUAUAGAAAGUUCUUCAAUAUCAAAAAUGUGAAGCUUUUAAAAAUCAUCAGAAUAAGAAAGCGUUCAUCUAAGACAUUUAAUAUGAUUGUCAUUGAUGAACUGAUUCAAGUGAAUGUGGGAGAAUCUGUCACACUUGAGACUGGAGUUACUGAAAUACAGAAUAAUGAGAUGAUCGAGUGGAGGUUUAGAGAUGAAGAUACUCCCAUUGCUGAAAUAAGUCUUGCUCACAGCAUCCCAUGCGAUGAUGACAAUGAUGAUCUGUUUAAAAACAUGGAACUGAAUGAUCAGACUGGAGAUCUGACCAUCAACAAGAUCAAACAUGAACACUCAGGUGUUUACACACUGAAGAUCAACGGUGGAAGAAACUCAUUGAGGAGAUUGUGUGUAAUGGUCACUGCUCCCCCAGCAAAUGAACGGAGAGAGUCAGUGGAGAUACACGUGCCUUUGGUAAAAGAGACUUCAUUAUAAGCCUAAAUAAUAAAGUAACAGACAACAUCUGAACUACAUGCAUAUAUCACUGACUGUUGUUUAUUUUCUGUUAAUAUCAUAAUGAUAUAAUAAUAUCAAUAGUCCAUCAGUCCAAGUAUGCAUACUUUCACUAUAGUACACAAGACUAGUAUGUUGAAUGAGUUGUAAAUCUGUAUUCAUAAACAGUAUUCAGUGUGUGAUUAUUACACUGAUGAUCUGCUCAUCAACACUGAACUUCUGAAGACUUUUCUAUCCCGUAAUGCCACAGUGGGAGAAGAGCCAUGAGAUGUAUCAAAAAUAUUUAAAAAUACUUGUUGGUUGGCUUUUGUAGGGCAUCACGCUAGCCACUGACAAAUGCGAAUUAAAUGAAUAAUGAAUAAAUGUGAAUAUUUUCUUGUG